CCAACCAGUCUUAUCGUAAUGUAUGCCAGCAGUAGUCGGAUGAGUAAGAGGCUUAUCUCUGGACCGCAGUAGUGAUGACACAGACAUGCCCAGCUUCAGCCUCGCCGUGGUCGUGUUGGCCUUCUUGGGUCGGAGCCACAGCCUCUCCUAUCACGCCUGCGACUCGGCUAUGGGGAAGGUGCACAGCAUGUACAUCCCGGGCUGCGAGGUCGGGGACGUCUGCUAUAUCAGCAAGGGUCUCACUAAACCUAUUCACAUCAGGUUUACACCGAACACGAAAACUCAGCAGGUGGUAACAGUGGUCCACGUGAAGGUGGGGUGGGCUUCAAUACCUGUACGUCUCACCCACCCUACGUCUUGCUUUCUAAUUCCACCGCUACCUCUAAAACGGGCAUCGCCUUAUGAAUAUGUCUUCAAUAUGUCGAUAGAAAACUCGGCGCCUAGUUUUACAGGAAAGAUAAAAUGGGAGCUGAAAAACGAAAUGGGAGCUGGACUAGCCUGCGUGGAAUUCCUGGGGGGAAUACGAUGACCCGCACAGGAACACACAUUUCCAUAAUCAUGGACGUUUUUAUGUAAAUUACCCUAGCUACUAAUAUUAAAUUUAUAUUAUAUUUUGAA